GAAAAGACUGUGUUCCUUUAGGCAUGACGGUGACAAGUAGCAGCACCAUGACUCAGAGGCACAGCCCUCUGCUUCCUCCUCCUCUUGAACUGAGUCCAUUAUCCACAAUCUUCUGUUUGCCUACCAUGGAAGAAGCCAUGUAUUUUACACCUGAAGAAAAUAUCCCCAUGUCUUCCCGAUCUUGGAUCUGGAAGAAAAGAAGAAAUGCUGUCUUCCCUACUACUGAAACCCAGAGCAAAACAGAAGCCUGGGUUCAAACCGUUAUCCCUUCACACUCUCAAGUAAUUGAAGAUUCAUUAAGAAGUAAUGCUGAACCCAGAUCGCAAGAAAUGAUAAUCUCAUCUGUCCCUCUACCAGGCAGUGUUACUGACUAUCUGGAUGAGAUACAAGUCCAUCAUUCACAUGCAGUGAAAAGCAUAGCUGUUGAUGAGGAAACUCGUCAUGGUGAAAUCAAGCAAGGACAAAGUUGGCUGAACAAACUUGGAUUUAACAAGAACAAGGUGUCUUUUCUAAAAUGCUUCAAUGAAUGGAAGGGAAACAAAACACUUGUCCCCAAAGGUAAACAGAAGCAAGUAUUAUGCUUGUCAUUCUGUAGUUCAAUUCCCACAGCAAAACAGAGGCGUUACCUUGAGCAAGGUAAUCCAAAUUCUCCUAGAAUAAUGUCUCAUGACAAGCAGCUGGGUGGAUGUCUAUCCAAAGAAGAGCAGACCUACAUUCCAUACAGAUUAGCUAAAUUAUAUAUUACCAAGAUUAUAAAAGACAUGCAUCAGAUGAAAAUUGGGUAUAUGAAGGUAAUCAAAGAGCUGGAGUGUGCAGGAAAAGAAAACCAGGAGCAAGGCAUAAUGGCCCUGAAAAAUCAAUACAGCAACAAAAUGAAGAUCCUGAGAGUCCACCUAGAAGCUUAUCAGAAGCUGAUAGACCAGAAAAACCAAGACUGGCAAAUCACAGUGAAGAGACUGGAGGAAGAAAAUAAUAAACUGAGACAGGAAAAUGAAGUGCUUGUAAAGCAAAUAAGAAUGCAAAAGGAGGAAUGGGAUAAUGAAAAGGCUUGUCUCCUCAAAAGUACCACUGAGAAGUUAGAUUGUAUUUAUACCCAGCAUACCUUAACUAUAGAAGAGCUUCAGAAGACUAGGCUGCAUCUAAAAAAAGUACAGAAAAUUGUAAAUUUUCAGAUGGACUUACCCUGUGAUCAACAAAAAGCAGUAAUUUUGUCAGAUGAGGUAACACAAAAUAGAGCCACAAGUGUGGAUACAGGCAACAUGAAAUCUGAUCUCACAGCACAGAAGUCAGAGACUACAGAAUCUGAUCAGAGUGCAAAAUCUUUUGUGGUGGAAAUUGGUGGGGGAAAUGACUGUUCACCACAAAAGAAACUUUUGUUGGAAGUGAGAACAACUUUGGAAAUGGUUGAAGAGUCUUUACAGAAGCAAUAUAAAGAUAUCAGUGAGCUUCUACAAAGUGAAUAUUGGUCUGCCUCUCAAAUCACAAAUGCAGCAUUGUUGACAAGAUCAGUAGACACAGCAAACUUCUAAAGAGACCAAGGAGCAGAAAGAAGCUCACCAACUCUGAAAGAAGGCCCCUGUUGUGAAAGCAGAAAGGUUGUGCAGUAAUCAUGUAGAGAGGAGAGCUCUGUGAAACAAAUCUGGAGUGAAAAAUUAAAUUGGUGACUCUUUGAAAAUGGCUCAGUAUCACCAACAGGAUUCUAAACUUAUUCCAAGAAGCGUCUUACUAAUGGACCUUCUCACUCUAUUGCACAUUGUAUUAUCUAAAGGCCCUUAAAAUAGGUAUCAAGGUUAUAAAGCCUGUAUUUCAUAUGUGUUUUGUAACCAUAAUGAGUAUAAAACCAGUAGGAAGUAAAAUAUCCUAAUGAUA